CGCAAGUAUCGCGGCGGCACAGGGCGGCCGCUGGAGGGGGUUCGGAGCGCGGCGAGCGGUAUCCUGCUUGGGCCGCGGGCUCUUCUCCGCGGGGAGGGAGCGGGCCCGCCCGCUGGGCCCGGGUCCCCCGGAUCCGCCCCCUCCCCGGUCCCGCCCCCUCAGAGCCUCUUAGGAGCUGCUCUGGGGCUGUGCCGGGGCCGAGGGCCCGCGGUCCGUGCGCCAUGCGGGCGUCGCUGCUGCUGUCCGUGCUGCGGCCCGCGGGGCCCGUGGCCGUGGGCAUCUCCCUGGGCUUCACUCUGAGCCUGCUCAGCGUCACUUGGGUGGAGGAGCCGUGCGGCCCAGGGCCGCCCCAGCCCGGAGACUCUGAUCUGCCACCGCGCGGCAACACCAACGCGGCGCGCCGGCCCAACUCUGUGCAACCUGGAGCGGAGCGCGAGAGGCCUGGGGCUGGCGGAGGAACCGCGGAAAACUGGGAGCCGCGUGUCUUGCCCUAUCAUCCUGCGCAGCCUGGCCAGUCUGCCAAAAAGGCCGUCAGGACCCGCUACAUCAGCACAGAGCUGGGCAUCAGGCAGAGACUGCUCGUAGCAGUGCUGACCUCACAGGCCACAUUGCCCACGCUGGGCGUGGCUGUGAACCGCACACUGGGGCACCGGCUAGAGCGUGUGGUGUUCUUGACUGGUGCUCGGGGCCGCCGGGCCCCACCAGGCAUGGCGGUGGUGACACUGGGUGAGGAGCGGCCCAUUGGGCACCUACAUCUGGCGCUCCGCCACCUGCUGGAUCAGCACGGCGACGACUUUGACUGGUUCUUUCUAGUGCCCGACACCACCUACACGGAGGCUCACGGACUGGCGCGCCUAGCUGGCCGCCUCAGCCUGGCCUCCUCUGCUCACCUCUAUCUGGGCCGGCCCCAAGACUUCAUCAGUGGGGAACCUGCCCCAGGCCGCUACUGCCACGGCGGCUUUGGAGUGCUGCUGUCUCGCACACUGCUGCAGCAGCUGCGCCCCCACCUGGAAGGCUGUCGUAACGACAUUGUCAGUUCGCACCCUGACGAGUGGCUGGGACGCUGCAUCCUGGACGCCACCGGCGUGGGCUGCACUGGAGACCACGAGGGGGUACACUAUAGCUGUCUGGAGCUGAGCCCUGGGGAGCCAGUGCAGGAGGGGGAUCCUCGUUUCCGCAGCACCCUGACAGCCCACCCUGUGCGUGACCCUGUACACAUGUACCAGCUGCACAAGGCUUUUGCUCGAGCUGAGCUGGAACGCACAUACCAGGAGAUCCAGGAGCUGCAGUGGGAGAUCCAGAAUACCAGCCGCCUAGCUGCCGAUGGCGAGCGGGCAGCUGCCUGGCCCGUGGGCAUUCCAGCCCCCUCUCGGCCUGCCUCCCGCUUUGAGGUCCUGCGCUGGGAAUACUUCACGGAGCAGCAUGCUUUCUCCUGCACUGAUGGCUCGCCCCGCUGCCCGCUGCGUGGGGCUGACCGAGCUGACGUGGCCGACGUCCUUGGGGCAGCCCUGGAGGAGCUCAACCGCCGCUACCAUCCUGCCCUGCGGCUCCAGAAGCAGCAGCUUGUUAAUGGUUAUCGCCGCUUUGAUCCCGCCCGGGGCAUGGAGUACACGCUGGACCUGCAGCUAGAGGCACUGACCCCCCAGGGUGGCCGCUUGCCCCUCACUCACCGGGUGCAGCUGCUCCGGCCACUGAGCCGUGUGGAGAUCCUCCCUGUGCCCUAUGUCACCGAGGCCUCUCGUCUCACUGUUCUGCUGCCUCUGACCGCAGCUGAGCGUGACCUGGCCCCUGGCUUCCUGGAGGCUUUUGCCACCGCAGCACUGGAGCCUGGUGAUGCAGCAGCAGCCCUGACGCUGCUGCUGCUGUACGAGCCCCGCCAGGCCCAGCGGGCAGCCCACGCAGAUGUCUUCGCACCUGUCAAAGCCCACGUAACAGAGCUGGAGCGGCGUUUCCCUGGGGCGCGGGUGCCCUGGCUCAGUGUGCAGACAGCAGCCCCUGCACCCCUGCGCCUCAUGGACUUGCUGUCCAAGAAGCACCCGCUGGACACACUGUUCCUGCUGGCCGGGCCAGACACGGUGCUCACACCUGACUUUCUGAACCGCUGCCGCAUGCAUGCCAUCUCUGGCUGGCAGGCCUUCUUUCCCAUGCACUUCCAGGCCUUCCACCCGGCCGUGGCUCCACCGCAGGGCCCUGGACCACCGGAGCUGGGCCGUGACACAGGCCGCUUCGACCGCCAGGCGGCCAGCGAGGCCUGCUUCUAUAACUCUGAUUAUGUGGCAGCCCGCGGGCGGCUAGCAGCAGCCACAGAGCAGGAGGAGGAGCUGCUGGAGAGCCUGGACGUGUAUGAGCUGUUUCUGCGCUUCUCGGGCCUGCACGUGCUGCGGGCGGUGGAACCAGCCCUGCUACAGCGCUACCGGGCCCAGCCGUGCAGCGCGCGGCUCAGCGAGGACCUGUACCACCGCUGCCGCCAGAGCGCACUCGAGGGCCUCGGCUCCCGCACCCAGCUCGCCGUGCUGCUUUUCGAGCAGGAGCAGGGCAACAGCACCUGACCCCGCCAGUCCCUGGGCCCUGGCACAGCCACACCCACCCCGCUCCUACCCCCCAACCUGGAGCCCCUUGCCAGCCUCGCCGCAUAGGGCUGUCCACUGGCCCCCUCUCUCUGGCUUAGUGGGUUCCCUGGGCUCAGGACAGGCCCUGGGGGAGGAGCCCUCCAAGCCACCCAUUCCCGGCCCGACCAAUCUCCCCACCCUCUUGACGCUGCUGAUUUGGGCCUUGGCCUCCGUACUUACACAGUUCAGUCUACCUGACGCCAGUCCACCUCCUGGGUCAGCCCCAGGGGCCGGGCUGCAGAUGAAUUGUCGGGAAAGGGGGAGGUGAAAGAGAAGGGUGGGGGCGUCUCCCAGCUUCUCCCUUCUGGACCCCUGGCGAAGCUCCCUGCCUUGAAUAAACUGGCUGAGUGUAGCCUAGUGA